AUGAGGGUGUUUGCUGACGUGGAUUUCAAGGAGGGUGACGUGGUGCUGCAGGAGCCUCCGUUGGUCAGCAUGCAACACUCUCACAAUAGGGCCCGAGCCCUGGUCUGCUCCCACUGCUUGCGUUUCAUUGGUCCGCUGGAGCAAGCUGUUGCCCGGCUGCUGACGUGGCAGAAGGGAAUGAGAGAGGAGGAAGAGGUAGAAAAAGGCGAGGAGGAUCAAGAGGACGCUAAGGAGGACAAGGAGGAAAAGGAAGGCGAAGAAGGAAGUAAAGAGGAAUCACCAGGAGAAGCAGCAGCAGUGGAGGGGUUCAUAGAGCAGUUGUCAAGCGGGCAGCUGAAGCUGCCUCAUGCGGAGUGUGUGGGCACGUUGCCUUCUGCUGUGCCGUGCCCUGGCGGCUGCACUCAAGAGACCUUCUGCAGCGCCACCUGUGCCACGUCAGCAUGGGCGGAUGGUCAUGCCAUGCUGUGCGUGGGCCAUGCCUCACAUGCCAAGGACACUGAGGCCCUGAAGGCCUUCUAUACCCAUGCUGAUGGUAAGGCAAUGCUGAUGCUGAGCGUUAUGGGAGGUACAAGGGUUGAGAAUUUGCUGUGCCUGGGCCAUGCGUCACAUGCCAAGGACACUCAGGCUCUCAAGGCCUUCUACACCCAUGCUGAUGGUGAGGGAAGAUAA